UAGAUUGUAAAAGCUGCAGGGCGCACUGACAGUAAUUGUAUAUAGGUGUUUGUAGAUGGACUGAUUCUGAUGAGUAAGUGGGAAAAAGACACUUGUGUACCAGUACUGCUGUUCAUCCUGUUCUUUGUGGACUACUCUUUACAGGCCCGAGGAGUCACUAUAGCAAUCCCUAACCAGGUUAUCAACGCCACAGUGGAGGAAAGUGCUUUGCUGUCUGUUGAAUACUUAUGCCAAGGGACUCCCACAGUCCAGUGGAGCGUUCUGUCAAUAUGGAAGAUACAAAACAUUGUUGUCUGGGAGCCACAAAAACAACCGAACAUCUCGCAGUCUUAUAAAGACAGACUCUGCACAUACAAUAAUGGCUCCAUACAGAUUUUAAACCUGCGUGAAAACGACACUGGUUACUAUGUGAUAACUGUGACAGACCAUUUUGGAACAAGCAAAGAUGCUGCCAUUUUUCUGAAAGUUGAUGUGCACAUCUAUGAGGAUUUACAUUUUGUAGCUGCUAUCCUUACAGUUCUGGUAGCCAUAUCAGGAUUUUCUAUGUUUUUAGUGUGGCUGCUGGAAAAAUGUAUGCAGAUAAUUAAGAGGAAGAGAUGGAAACACAAAAUAAGAAAAGAAGCUGAAGAGAUAGAGCUGCAGUCUGUUUGAUCAAACUGACACUGUUUUCAUUUUCAAAGUCUGCAAUUAUUUUUUUCACCCAGAUGUGCUUACAAAGGCAGAGAACAUUAAUAAAAGGAUAUCGUUGUGACAGACAAGAGCUGGAAGGGACAGCACACACGCUGAACUAAAAUAGUGGGGCAAAAAGAACUGAAUUAAUUUGCCUCAAAUGUGAGGAGGGAUGGGUUAUUUGUUGGACUUCAGAAAAUGACUGAAAGAGAAUGAAUUACAUCCAACUUGAAGACAGCUAAUAUUCAUUACCGGGUCACUUCCUGUUUUGUUUCUGAUCAAACAUGGUUAGUUUCACACUGCUGUUUUGUAAACACGCACACUUCGUUCCUGGUGUGGUCAUGUUGGAUGUUUACAUUCUUUAUAUUGAAAAAAAGAAAUUUUACCUUAACAAAAUAU